AUGAGUAAAACCUACAGUGAUAUGCUAUUCUCUGGAGAAUAUAAUGGAGAGGUCUCACCUAGUUAUGGGUCUCCUUCACCUCCGGCAUCGCAAGCUAGGGAGGAAAGUGCCAUUUCCAGAAUCAAUAUUGGAUGGGUGACCACACCAUUCAGUAUAACUCCAAAUAUCGAUAAGAACAUUGUUGAGUAUACUUCAAAGUUGGGCUCAUGCCAUUAUAAUUUUAUAUGCCAUCCAAUUGGUGGAACCACACGCGCAUUCAUCAAACCUUCAAAAAAUGUUGUGAGCGCUCCAAUAAUUGAUCUACCCGAUUUGCAAUUAGCGAAUCAUUUAUGGGAAACGUAUAUAUGCGGAGAAAUUUCCAAAUGGAUUGAUUUGGACAGUGAUGAUGAGCAAUUUGCACGAUUCUCCGAAGAAGAACUCAUUAGGGAAUUAAAUUAUGUAUGUUAUUUGGGCCUGCGAACUGCUGUGAUUACAUUGAAAAAGAGAAAUUCGCCAAAACUUGCGAGGUUAAUAAAUCAAUGGCUGUGGACAAAAAGCGUAAUGUUUUGCUUUUGGAUCAUUUUGCCGCCACUUUCUGAAAUAGAAGAUGUUCAAGAAGGUGACGAUGCGUGGAGUAUUUGGUCCGAUUUUAGAAAACUUUGUUCAAACUUUUUGGGUUCAAAACUUCAAGUUGUUGUUACAAUUUCAUCCGAAUUAGAUGAUGAAUUUACGGAUCCGAAUUUGCUUGAACGGUGGAUGGCAGAACCACUUGGAGCCAUUUGCGUUAAUUCGGAUAGCUUUACAACCGGACGUGGAGGAACUGCAAUUUUGCCAGAAGCCCAUGUUGAAAUAAUGAAAAAGUUGUGGGUAAACGACUCUUUACGCAUUUUAGUUAUUCAGAAGAAUGAUCUUCCAAACUUCAAUCAUUCACUAAAAUCUGAAUAUGCUGAUGCCCUUCGAUCAGCUGUGCGUGAUGUUACCUAUAUGCGAAGAAAAAAUGCAAGUGAAAAAGAUGGAUUUUUAGCAGCUACCAAUAUAAAUUAUUACGAUGUUCUCCAGGCACCAUUGCAGCCAUUAUCGGAUAACUUGGACUCUGGAGUUUACAACACUUUUGAGCAAGAUCCAAUCAAAUACAGGAAAUAUGGAGAAGCUGUUGAAUUGGCUUUGAAAGAUAUUGGCGAACACGAGGAAAUUCCUGAAUUUGUCGUUAUAUACUUGUUAGGUGCUGGACGAGGUCCAUUGGCUACUGCAAUUCUAGAAGCCGAAAAGCGAUAUAAUGACGCUCAUAAAGGGAAAAAGCUCAAAGUGAAACUUUAUGUUGUCGAGAAAAAUCCAAAUGCUAUUGUCACACUGCGUUUUAUCAAUCAGAAAGCAUGGAAAAACCGAGCGACAAUUAUUGAGUCAGAUAUGCGUUCGUUGCCGCAAAAAUUUGAAGAAUUAUCUCUUGAAAAACCCGAUAUUAUUGUAUCCGAACUGCUCGGUUCUUUUGGAGACAACGAACUCAGUCCUGAAUGCUUGGAUGGUGUCACGCAAAUUCUGAAGCCCACGACUAUUUCGAUUCCCCAGAAGUAUACAAGUUAUGCUGCUCCAAUAAUGUCCUUGUACAUGCAUCAGCAGAUUAAAGGAACUUCAUUAUGCUAUUGGAAUAAAGGAUUAGCUGGCCACGGGCGUGAUCCCCCUGUACAAGAGAAGGACGGAACCUAUACACAAAUCUUUCCGCAAACCCUUGAUGUUGCUCGUAUGGACCAAAUUUACGUUGUCUACCUUCGUCAAUAUUGCCGAAUUUCCGAAACACAACCUGUUUUCACAUUUGAUCAUCCAAAUUUUAAAAAUUUGAGUAAUGAAAGGAGCAAAAUGGUUACAUUUGAAAUUGAUCGGAGGGCUGAUCUUAUGGGUUUUGCUGGUUAUUUUGAUUUGAUUUUAUACAAGUCUGUUAUGCUUUCCAUUGAACCGAACACAGCAACUCCCGGUAUGAUCAGCUGGUUCCCAGCAGUUAUUCCACUUCGUGAACUAUUUCGAGUUGACGAAGGAGACAAAGUCCAUUUUAAUAUUGAGCGGAAAGUUGACGAGCAAGGAGUUUGGUAUGAGUGGUUUGUCCAAAUUGAGAAGAAGAAUGGUGAAAAAAUUGAAUCAGAGCGCCAAAAUCCAAACGGUGAAAGUUAUUUCAUGCGAAAAUAA